UGCAUGGUAUAUAUCAUAAGCAUAUCAAUCCCUUUCUCAUCGAUAUAGAAACACAUAUACUCGAUUUAGUAAGUAAAGCACUCUUUUUGGUACCUGUACAUCUUACGCUAUUGCCAUGGCAUUGCUCCCGAGUGUUUUCAUGCUUGAAUCCGGUUCGAGAUACCUGAACCUAACCAAGAAUGUCCCAGCCAGCCUACCAUAUGGGUUCCUAAAAUUCGAUGAAGAACAAAUAUGGAGUCCAAGGGUAAGGUUUGCAGCAGAGCCAGCAAAAACCGGAGAUGGCCAAUUUGUUCACAUAAGGUCGUUGUACAAUAAUAAGUAUUUGGUAAAGACACAAAUCGAAGAGACAAAAUCUUGGAUUUUUGUUGCAUCCGCGAAAAAAACAGAGGAAGACCCCUCAAAAGACUCAUGCACCUUGUUCGAGCCAUUUUCCCUGAAAGAUGAUGAACCAACAAGUGUCCGCUUACGCCACGUUCAUAAGACCAAGAGCUUUGUCAACGUCUCGGCUUCAAGCUCAGAAGGUGAUGCCCAGCAGGGUUUGCUAGCAUCCUCAAGCAAUGAAUCUGUUUUCCGUAUAACUGAUGCGGCAGAUAUUGUAUUUCUUCCAUCUAAAGUCGCAAUUUUGUCUAAUGAUCAUAUCCUCGAAUCCAAGCUCAUUCACGGAGAAAAUUGUCAGCAGUUCAUCCCUGGAUCGGAAUCAGACCUCGCGAACCCAGAGGCGGCUAAGGAGCUUUUUCGUACUCCUAAGGGAAUGUAUCUUAUAAUGGAUAUGAAUUGGCUCCAGUAUUUGACGCUUCGUGCAGAAGGAUGGAUAUUGGCUGACUCCCAACCAAGCAACACUUCUCCUAACUGCGUAUUUACCUUUGUCCAAAUAGAGGACAACAUUUUCGGCAUCCGCAGUGAGGGCUAUGGCAACCACUUCUUCUGCGGUGCAAGAAGUGUAUCUGAAGAAAAAAAGAACUGUUUAAGCUCCUAUUAUCCUACCUUGACUUACCAGACACGGCUGACUGUGGUCGAGCGUGUCCUGAAAAGAGAAAUCACUGAUAUCGUAUACCGACUGUCUGAUGCCAGAGUCUAUGGUGAACAACCAACAGAAGUUGACGUCCAAACUACAACCAACCUCUUGUCAAAAUCAACCACCAAAUCCACCUUAACUUUUACAGAAAGUAACACUCGGACAUCUACCUGGUCCAACAGUCAGACAAUAAAUUUCGGUGUGUCCGUGUCAAUGACAGUCGCUACUGUACCGUUUAUAUCAGAAGGGAAGAUCAAGCUGGAUGCUGGUUUUACCAAGACACACAAAUGGGAUGAGACCGAAUCAACAAAGGUGUCAAGAGGGACGACUCACAGCGUCACGGUUCCACCGUUAAAGACAUACAUGGUGACGUUAAUGGCUACAACAGGUGUUUGUGAUGUUCCGUUCAACUACACUCAGCGUGACCUUCUUACAACAGGUGAAUGGGUUGAAACUAAAAAUAAAGAUGACGGUCUUUUCAAAGGCAUCAACAGCUAUAACUUUUAUUAUGACCAGGUGGAGAAGAAAGUUGAUAGUUAAUUAAUUAAUACUCGUACGUACUACUGAUGAUGAAAUUAAACUAAAAUAAAUAAUAACGUACGUACGUAUGCUUUGUACGUAUAAUAUCUAAAUAUUGUGUGUGCCUUAUAUAUCUAUGUCAUCCGUUGGCAUAGUCGCGCGGCGGUGGCCGGAGAUAUGUGUAAAGUUUAAUAAUCUUCUUUAUCUUGAAUAAGGCUUGCAUUGCGCGCAUUGCAUGCAGCCCCCUGGAUGUAUUUAUGUUGUUAAUUAUGAUUACUUAAUUGGUGAUGUUAUAUUUAAUAAAAGUUUGCGGUUUUGUUAUUA